AUGUUACUGUUAAACAAAACUCCUUUCUAUCAGGUUUGCUCCGAGAGCAGUGCAAGUGAAUCGUCUCUUGAGUCAUCAAGCGGGUACGGCAGCCAGGGCGCCUUUGCCGCCGAAGACCACGGUCACCAGCACCAAGUACAGUACACUGAUGUCGAAUCGGAGAUCGUGACUCUCCGUCGGGACAGCGACGCCUCGGUAGCUGCUGCCCGAGAGAGUUUCUCUAUCUCACUCGGCAGCUUAGAAGAAGCAGUGAGGUCAUUAGACGAAGCAACUGACACUCCAGCGUUUGCCACAAUCGCGAAGAAACCGGCCGUACCUAAACGACGGCCCGUGUCUAUGACCGCGUCUGUGUGGUCCCGCCGUGGCUCAUCAAGUUCUUUGGGAAAACCACCACCGCCAGUGCGGCGGUCGUCGUCUAUAUCAAGACCGCAGAGGCCAGCUUACGUGCAACAGAACAAUGCGCAGUCAUCUCAGAUGGGUUCAACGGACGCGGACAACCUGCCGCCCCCGCCAGCAUUCCUCCUGCAGCCAGACAACGAAACAAGUGGCGGUGAUUAUGACGACUCCCACAUCACGGUAGCAGAAACUGUGAAGCAACUCACUGAACUGAAACACAUGCCUGCAUCCCCAGGCAUAGUCCGUCGAAGCCUCCAACAACUCCAAAAUCAAAACAACGCCAACCCCCAAUCGCCAACACAACCUUCUUUGAGCACCUUCCAACAAGCGAAGAGCAAUUUCUCUUCGAACACCAGUUUAAAUAGCACUGGCAAUCUGAACCCAAUCUAUGGGCAGACGGGGAACAGGAUAAUGGCGUACGUUGAGAAUUCUAUGUAUGUAAGGAAAAAUAGCUUGAACAGUUCGAAUUCGGAUCUUGUGCGAGAAAAUUCAGGAGGCAUCUACGGAGAAGGACGCGGUUCCCCUCACGGCUCGAGCCCUUCAACACCAAGUUACGGAGAAAAUAAUUCUUUCUCCAGCUUUGGACCGAGAGUGUCGAACGAGUCGCAUUAUGGACAAACUGGCUUCAAGCUCCAACAAGAGAAGAAGUACGGUCAGAACACGAUAUACGCGCAGCCGUCGGAGAUAAUCGCGGGCUUCAACAGCAUGUCGCGCCACGACGCGCUCAGCCCGCUCGCGCUGCGCCGCAACAUCGCCGCGCGCUCGCACUCCGCCGACAGGCACCACGUCGAACAGGGCGGGCUGAUCGCGAGCCUGAGCGCCAAGCUGGCGCCGGCGCUGUCGCCGCGCACCUCGCGCCGCGCGCUCUCCGCGCUCGCGCCCCCCGCCCCGCACGCCCCGCACGCCCCGCACGCCGACCCGCACAAGGGGAAAGGUUCGUUACCUGCUGCGGUGCAGCCGGGAUUUUUAGACAAGUUAUCUGCAACGAUACAGCAACAACGGCGACAAUUGGACUCGACUAGAGCUAGAUCUGUCAGGGACAUGAUCAAUGCUCACGCGCAGCCAGACCCUCGAGUGUGCCACACGUCCUUAAUGGAACAAAUCAAACGCGGUGCAACGCUACGCCGCAACAAGCACUGCAACGACAGGUCCGCGCCGAAGAUACGUUAG